AUCUAACAUAAAGUUAUUUAGCGUGGCCGGGCAUGUAAUUUUUAGUUGCAGAGUCGAGUGAGAUAAUGCCGAAAGCAAAACAGCCAAAAACGGACAAAUUAGCUUUUUAUGUCGCGAAAUAUCCUUUUUUUUAAAACUGGUGGCGUCGUAUUUUUUUGCAAAGCUUGCAACAAGUCUGUGUCUUCAGAAAGAUUAUACUCUUUGCAAUCGCAUGUUGCAAGUUUGGCACAUAGUGAAGCGGAAAAAAUCAUCAACGAGUACGCAGCCAUUAUUAACUCAAACCACAAGUUCCAAUCAAAAUCAGUUUGCGCAAGAUUUAUGCAAAGCAUUAGUUGCAUCGGACAUUCCACUUUAUAAAUUAAGGAAUGAAAACCUAAAAAGUUUUUUUUUUGGAAAAUAUGUAGAUUUAACUAUUCCUUCAGAAACCUCCAUGCGUAGAAUAGUUGGUGAAAUUUACAACGAAACUCUUGAAACCAUAAGAAUGCAUAUAAAAAACAAAUAUUUGUGGAUAUCGAUUGACGAGACAACCGACUCGUCUGGGAGAUACAUUGCUAACGUCGUCUGUGGCAUAUUGGAUACGGAUCCCGAAGAGGCCAAAAAACAUUUUUUGGUGCAUGUAGCAGAGUUAGAGAAACCCGAUCACGCUGCUAUUGUUAGAUGUUUUGACGAUGCAAUUAAAUUGUUGGACCCAAAAUUUGACAAAACUGUUAUUCUUUUAUUUCUCACAGACGCUGCGCCGUAUGUGGUGAAAGCCGUGACUGCUUUGAAGAUUUUCUAUCCAAAGAUGACGCAUUUAACAUGUCUCAUUCAUGGCCUCCACAGAGUAUGCGAAAAGAUUCGCGAGAGCAGUCCAAAAGUCGACCAAUUAAUCUCUAGCGUAAAAAAAAUUUUGUUAAGGCGCCAAAAAGAGUACAUAUUUUCAAAGCCACUAAGCCAGAGCUCGAAUUGCCUCCACAGCCUAUUAUCACUCGAUGGGGUACUUGGCUGGAGGCAGCUUUUUAUUAUGCGAAAAAUUUCGAAAAAAAUAAAUGCAUACUUUUGUUGCUCGAUAAAAUUGAAUCAAAAUUUAUACAAAUUGCCAUUAAUAUUCAAAACGAUGAUGACGUCCGCCUCAACUUUAUUUCUAUCUCAAGUAAUUUCGAGUUUAUACUCAAAUCAAUGAAAACUUUGGAAUCAAACGGAUUAGCUCUGCAUACUCAACUUAGAGUAAUAUUGGAGGCCAAAGAAUUACUUCAACAAAGUGGUAACGAUAUUAGAGUACGAAAAUUUAAUUCGAUUUUAACAAAAAACAAAGGUUUUCCAAUAAUAAAAGAAGUAUCGAAUAAAA